AAAUCCAUCCAAAAAGCACAAGGCCAAAAAAAAAAGAAGGGAACAAAAAAGAAGAACAUUUUUUAACCAAAUUCCCUCUCUUUUCUGUUGAAUUCAACCAUGGAUUGGCGUCCGUUAGAUGUCAUGGUGAUCUCUGCCACCGGCAUAAAGAAUGUCAAUUACUUCUUCACAAUGGAUGUUUACGUCGAAGUUUCAAUUUUUGGCUAUGCAAAAAACACAAAACGAACCUUCAUUGAUAAAAAAGGUGGCACAAAUCCUAAAUGGAAUUACCCAAUGAAAUUCACAUUAGACGAGCCUUCCCUCACAAAACCUGGCCUUUCCCUCUGCUUUCGCCUCCGAUCCGAUCGCUUUUUCGGCGACAAAGAUAUUGGCAUUGUCUCAAUCCCUAUAAAUGAUAUCUUUGGCCAAUCUGCUUCAGGACCUGAUGGAAGCGCCGAAAAAGUUGUGGAGUAUCAAGUUUUCACCCCAGUUUCUGGUAAACCUAGAGGAACCCUCAGGUUUUCUUAUAAGUUUGGGAAGAAAUAUGGACAACCUCCAGAGCAAAUGUUCAAAAAUGUAAAUCAACCUAAUGGCACUUAUAACCAAAAUGCGCCUGUCACGGCUUAUCCAUAUGCCCAGACAGGGAAUAAUAAUAUGCCACCACCUGGCAUGGGGUAUGGAACGCCAAAUCCCAACCAGGGGAUGGCGUAUCAGCAACCACCAGCAGGAUAUCCUCCUGCUGGUGGUUACAACACUGGUGGAUAUCAGCCAGGAGGAUAUUCUCCAGCAGGAUAUCCACAAGCUGGAUAUGGAUAUCCUCCGCAACAACAACAACAAGGUUACGGAGGAUAUCCACCCGUGCAACAAGUGCAAAACCCACAGAAAAAGAGCAAAAUGGGAGGGAUGGGAGCAGGGGUUGGAUUGGGUUUGGCAGGAGGGUUGCUUGGUGGUAUGUUGGUUGGUGAAAUGGUUUCUGAUGUUGGAGAUGAUAUGGAUGCCUAUGAUCAAGGUUAUGAUGAUGCCAUGGACGAUAUGGAUUAUUAAAAUGAGGUCUCUGUAUAUUGAGUAAUUUUUUUGUUUAUUGGAGAUAUAUAAAUCAAAUUGGUCUUUGAUAUUAACAACAUUUUCAAAUUAUUAUUGUAUUAUUUUGGAUAAAUUGAUUAUCUGAAUUGGAAAUUCCUUGCUCAUUCCCUUGAUUUUCCAAAGUUUAUAAUAUGUUUGCAGAAACGUGGUGCCUUACCAUGCGUGACUUCGUUAUUUGUACAAAUUUAUUUUGUUACGUUGUCAUUUCUUUAAGGCAAGAAUGAAAUAUAUUUGUCUAUUGACUGCAUAAUAGAGUUACAUGACAUUCUCCUUUGGAACUUUGUCUCUUGGAGUCCUUAAAUGUGCUUAGUGAAAAAAGAGGAGAUACAACUAGAUACAUUAGAUCCCAUUGUUUUUUAUUGUAGUAUCUAUCUUGUCUGCUAUUUGGUUACAUCCCAUGGAAGUAUAUAUGUGAUAAUCUUGGAUGUUGAUUCAUAUCGACAGCAAAAUGGAAAGGUCUUUGCAUUCUAGACUAAAAUGUUUUCAUCCAUAAGAAAUUGAAGUGCUAGUCUGCGGUCUAUUUAGAGGGAUUGGGCUAGUACGUCACUGGAUGAAAGAAAACCUUUUUUUCAGUUAGGCCAAAUACAUAAACGGGCCCUUAAACUUGUUAUGGUUUUUCAUUUUAGCACCUUAACUAUGACUUGUUUCUACUAGACCCUUCAACUUAAUUCAAAGUGUGUCAAUUAAACACAAAAUGCUCACUUGGCAAAAUAUGUGUUCUAAACAUGCCUUAAGCGAUACAAAUUUGUUUUUUUCUUUAAAAAUCACAUUUUUCUAUCCCCACCAUCUUCUCCUUCAUCGAGCUACUACCGCCAGUUCACUGCACAAAUUCUUCCUUUCCACCAAAUAAUCUUUACUCACCUUUUAUAAGCUCCCAUACAUAUACUCCUUUUUCCUAUAAUAACUAAUCUUCACGCCACUUUCCUCGAGAC